CUUGGAUCUGGAUGAGGGCAACACACGGAUUGUAUUAAAGAUAGUCUCUUCUCUGGAUACAAUGUUACUGGUAAUCGUAGCUGAACCGCCUGCCAAAAGUCUUUUAUGGGAGCCGAGAAUGAAGUCUAUCGGACAUCCACAGUUGUGCCGCUGUUGAGUUCAUUGUUGUGGUCCAUGGUCCUAGACGCAGCGCCCCGGGGAAGAUGUUGAGCCGAUUUAAAAGCGGCAGCAUCAAGAAUCUGGAGCGGGAAUACAGCUGCACCGUGAGACUGUUGGACGACACCGAAUACACAUGCACCAUCCAGCGUGAUGCUAAGGGACAGUACUUGUUUGACUUGAUUUGCCUCCACCUCAACCUGUUGGAGAAAGACUACUUUGGCAUCAGAUACGUGGACCCAGACAAACAGCGGCACUGGUUGGAAUUCCCAAAAUCUAUUGCAAAGCAGAUGAAAUCUCAGCCUCCAUUCACCAUGUGUCUCAGAGUCAAGUUCUACCCCCCGGAGCCCGCUGCUCUCAAAGAGGAGAUCAGCCGAUACCUCGUCUUCCUCCAAAUCAAGAGAGACCUGUACCACGGCCGGCUGCUGUGUAAAAGCUCAGAGGCAGCCUCAUUAGCGGCCCACAUCCUUCAGGCGGAAAUAGGGGAUUAUGACCCCGGAAAACAUCCUGAUGGCUACAGCUCCAAAUUCCAGUUCUUCCCCAAACACUCGGAGAGACUGGAGCGGCGCAUUGCAGAGAUCCACAAAACUGAACUCUGUGGGCAGACGCCUGAAACGUCAGAGAGAAACUUUCUGAUGAAAGCCCAGAUGUUGGAGACCUACGGUGUGGAUCCACAUCCCUGUCUGGACCUGUACGGAAAUCCAGCCUUCCUCGCCUUCACUCCUUUUGGCUUUGUGGUUCUUCAGGGAAAUAAGAGAGUUCACUUUCUCAAGUGGAGCGAAGUGACCAAGCUGAAGUUUGAAGGGAAGACGUUCCAUUUGUAUGCUCAUCAGAAUGAGGACAGAAAGAGCAUAUUGACAUACUUCGCCCCCACUCCAGAGGCCUGUAAACAUCUGUGGAAAUGUGGAGUGGAGCACCAGGCCUUUUACAAGCUGGAGAGGUCCAGUCAGGUCCGAACUGUGUCCAGUAGUAAUCUGUUUUUCAAAGGAAGCCGCUUUCGAUACAGUGGACGAGUGGCUAAAGAGGUGAUGGAGCAGAGUGCCAAAAUAAAGCGUGAUCCUCCAGAAAUACACAGACCUGGCCUAGUGCCAAGUAGAAGUUGCCCUUCCAUCACACAUGGGCCUCGCCUCAGCAGUGUGCCUCGAACAAGAAGGAGGGCUGUACACAUAUCCAUCAUGGAGGGUCUGGAGUCAUUGCGGGACAGUGCCCACUCCACUCCGGUGCGUUCAGUGUCCCACGGAGACUCGUUUAUCCCGCGCUCUCGAAGCCACGCCUCUGACGGCAGUGAUGGUUUGGCUGUUAUUUCAGACCAGUCCUACAGCCCUUCAGAGAGUGUCCCACCCACCCCUGUGUCUGAACACAGCAUGGACCCUUCUGUCUCCCGCCACAUUAAUGGAGCCCCCUGCAGCAUUGAGGAGGAGCGGGAGUCUGAGGCUGGGACCCCGACCUCUGGGGAGGGUCCUGUGCUGGGAGAGGAGGCAGGAGCUGAAGAGGAGAAGCCUGUUCUCAGUGAAGUGGAACAGGCCAAUAAGUUUGUACUCAGUGUGUUGCGCCUCCUGGUGGUCACCAUCAGCCUGUUGCUCGUCUUGCUGCUGCUCCUCAUCGUCCUCACAGAGUCAGACCUGGACAUUGGUUUCCUGCGGGACAUUCGCCAAACACCUGAAUUCCAGCAGUUCCAUCACGAGUACUUUUGUCCCCUGCGGCGCUGGGCAGCCUGUAAGCUGCGCUGGGCGGGCUCUCUGCUCAUUAAGGACGUGUGAAACUGUUUGAUCGAGACAUUGGACUCUAAUUAAAACUUGUCAAGGCCUGGACCCUCCAAUGAAACUGGAGGAUGUGGCCUCCUCUUUUAGCCCUACUGGUUAUUUAUGGAGUUAUCUCAUCUCAUUUCAGGUAUUUUUUUUUUACUCAAAUAUCUGGAUUUACAGUUUCUUUGAAGAAACUUUUUUUUGCAUCUUUAGAUGUUAUUUAUUUUUUAUUGUAAUAUUUAAAAUUGUGUAUAUUUGUUUGGGAGUAAUAUAAUUGUCUGAAUGUGAAAGAGUAAGUUGAUUAAUGGAUGCGUUGAGUUGCAGUAAGUCAGUGAGUGUUAGAAACGUUUGGGCCAUAAAUCAAUAAGAAUAUCUUUUAUCACAGGCUUUUAUGUGUAAACAGAUCUGUUAUCUGAUUUUGUACCCAUCUGUGAUGCACUGUAAUCUCUCUAAAUGAUGUUAGCCUCAGAGCCCAUCUGUUACUGCUGUUACUGUUACAGUGGUGUACAACUGUGACGUAGGACUCAGCUGAGUAGAUAUCAGCAUGAAGAGGAAAUGGGACGAAGUGAGAAGUGGAGAUGGACAGGGUUGAUGAUUUUGGAGACAUGGCUGUUGUUUUUAAUGUGGGUUGCUUAGUAGUGCAAUGUUAUUUUGAUAAUAUUUGAAAUAGUUGGCCUUAUGAGUGGCAGUAGUGCCAGACGCAGCUUGAAGGAUUCACAGCACAACUAAACAUUUAGAUGUGUGUCCUACUUAGUGGGUAAAAAGAUGUUUACUCUAUUUGAAUGUCUGUUUUUAGAAGCUAAUUCUGGUAAUUUAGUAGAUGGGUGGUCAUUAGGUGAGAUGUCAUAGCCUCAGGGGACAGUUCUAAUAAUGAGGAUCUUGUUAUGUGCACAUUUUACUCAAGAAAUGUCAAUUAUCUUUAUGACGUGAUUAAUGGGCAAUAACUUUUUUUUAAAUGAUGCUCACUUUUCAGUGAGACACAAAUAUUUUUUUUAAUCCAGAUUUGUAAAACAAUAUUUUCACACAGA